GGACCAAUGCCUACGUCCUACUUAACCUUCCUGGCUUACUUAUUGGGAGAAUGGACUGGUGUACAACACACUGAAGAUUAUCUGAGUUAUGGAGUCUACCUUUCAUGGGAGGAAGAAUAGAUUUAAUGAAGGACAUUCUGGUGAUGUUUGGUAUGGUGCAAAAGAAAUGUUGGCUAACCUGUGGGAUGGACAUGGGAGAGUAUGGCAUGGUUAUGAACUUCAUGGGGAUGAAAAUAUUCCGGAAGGACCAGCACUUAUUGUGUUUUAUCAUGGAGCUAGUCCUGUUGACUAUCUCUAUUUCAUGUCUAGACUUCUUAUACAAAAGAAGAGAUAUUGCCACGUAGUAGCGGAUCAUUUCGUCUUUAGAUUACCAGGUUUAAAAAUGUUUAUUGAAGUAUUUGGCAUUAUGCAUGGACCAAAAGAAGUAUGUGUCAGUGCUCUGAAGAAAGGCUGUCUGUUAGCUGUUUCUCCAGGUGGAGUUCGAGAAGCACUCUUCAGUGAUGAAACAUAUGCUAUUUUGUGGGGUAAUCGAAAGGGCUUUGCCCAGGUGGCCAUUGAUGCAAAAGUGCCCAUCAUUCCUAUGUUUACACAAAAUGUUCGAGAAGGCAUUAGGACAUUAGGAGGAAUAAAAAUAUUUAGGAAGCUGUAUGAACGUAUGAAAUUGCCAAUAGUUCCUAUGUAUGGCUGGUUUCCAGUCAAGUUUCGUACGUUUAUUGGAGAACCCAUUCCAUAUGAUCCAAAUAUAACUGCUGAGGAACUGGCUGCGAAGACAAAUGCAGCACUCCAGGCUCUAAUAGCCAAACAUCAGAAAAUACCAGGAAAUAUACUGAGGGCUUUAAUGGAACGAUUUCAAACACGACAGAAAGAAGACUAAGGUCUUCUGAGUAAGCUACUAUUUGGUUAUGAUAUUCUUAAAGUCAUAUUAAUAACUUAUUCUUCCAAUAAUAGUUUUGAAAUGCUGUCCUAAUGAUGCUGUUGUAUAUUUUAAGAUGAGACACUUUUCCCCUGUCCAGUAUCAGACUUGAAAAACACAAGCUUUAAGUAAUCCCUAAUUAGGUAGACUUAACUUUUGACAAGUGCAUUCCUACAUUGAAAAUGUUUAUGCAAAAAUGAUGCUGCACAUUUUUAUAUGUUCAUUUUCUUGUCUUUCUUUUUUUCCUUCUAUUUCUUUUCACCCCCCUCCCCCAAUUGCAUAGUUGCUGCUUAACCUGGAUGUUAGAUCCACUAUAGAGCUAAAGUUUCACUGUUUUAAUCAUUACCACUGCAACUAGCUCUUAUAUAUUUAUAGGCCAGGUUGACUGCAGCUGUUUUCAUCAGUAAAAUCUUUCUUCAGGUUGUUACUUCCAUGCUGCUCAAAAAUCUGUUGCUGACAGAAGCAGUUAACUUUCAGUGGUCUGCAGAACCACUAGCUGCCUGUAAAACCUGAGAUGGAAAAUGUUUCAUUUUACUUGGUUUGCUCAGAAAGUAUUUGCAUGAGUAGAGAGUGAGAGAACUGUAGUGAACAAAGCAGAUUUGUUACAGAAACCACUCUGGUGUGUAGAGUGAAUCACCACCUUGUGAGGCCACUGUUUCAAGCUGAUCCAUAAUGGAUGUUUACCUUCACGUGUAGUGCUGUCAGUGACUGAAUACUCGGUGAUUCUAAAUCUUCAGGUUCUCCUUUGAACAAAUGGACCAAGUACGUACACUUUAAGAAAUGGAAAUGAAUUAAUUUUCAGUAACACAAACUCAGAAUGCUUUAUUGUAAAGGAAACUAAGAAUGAAUACAAUGCUCCUUUAAAAGGUGAUAAUUCUUUGAAACACAAGGUGCACGCACACAUAUAUAAUAUAGUAUAUAUAAUAUACUAUAUAUGUUAUCUGUUAAACCUCCAUAUUUUUCAAACAUACUUUUUAUAUAAGUUAUUAAAUCAGACUUGAGAGGGAACCUGUAUGCUUUGAUUAAGUAAAAAUAAUUAAAUGAACAGGAAUGAGUUGUAGAAUUGGACUUUUGUGCACUUACAGUAAAUUACUUUUUUUUUCUUGAACUAAAACCUACAUUUUUACUGUCGAGAUAGAAAAUGUCUGAAAUGUUUCCUCUGAUUGGCAGUAAGCAUAAUCUACAGUCCUUAAAUUAGUAACUGAGAAUGUUUUAUUUUGGGGAUGAGGACAAGUUCCUUAAAGAAAGCCAAAAAAGAUUUUUCUUUAAUUUUGUGGUCUCUUUUCAAUAGUGUUGGGUUUUGACUUUUUCUUAAAAACAAACAAACAAAAAACAAAUGAACAAAAAACCCAACUUUUUUUUUUUUUUUUAAAGCACUUGUAUUCAAAUUAAUAUCUAUUCCCCUAAGAACUUGAGCACAUGCUCUGGUUUACUCUCCUUAAACUGAACAACAGUGGGAUUACGUAACUGCAUGUGGAUGAUAGCCUACAUUAGAAUAAUAUCACAGUAUGAAGUGAUAUUCUUAGAGUCUAUGAUUUGAAAAACCCCAAAAGAUUACUUGUUUUAUAAUGUUACUUGAUACCAAAGCCUUUUGUGUGGUACUGAAUUAAGUUUUUUGAAGCUUGGGGAAGAAUCACGUUAUAUUAAAGCAAAUGCCAUCCUGAAGCUCUGAAAAUGAUUUAGAUUUUAUUUAAAGGCAAGAUUAUCCUUCAACUUUAGAAGAAUUUAUUUCAAAAACAUAGUGUUAACACUGUGUAUCAUUAGAACUGAUAAUGCCAAGACACUGCGUUGGGGUGAAACAUAGCUAUGACUUUAUUUUUAAUGUCUGUCUUGAAGAAAAUGUUUUUCUAUGUUGUGAAAUUCUCAAAGGCAGCUGAACAAAACUAAACAUUGAGGUUGUGUGUACUUUUAAAAGAAAAGUCAGACAAAAAGAUUUCAGUAUGAAUGAGUGUACCUUUUGUGAUCAGAGACUUUGUAAAAAUUUGUUUUGCUAAAUGUUGGAUGUUUGAUGCAAUUUUUGUCCCUUUAAGUAUUGAAAGAUGAGUAUGACAAAUGAAGGACAGUAUUGGUACUCUUUAAGUGUUCAUAUUUGUAUAGGCCUUUCAUAUUUAUUUCUAUAUAUAAAAUUGUAUAGAAGACACCUUUCAAAUAAAAUUGACGGUUGGAACAGGCUCUGAGGUUUCAUGUUGUGUUUGAACUAAACAAAAUUAUUCAUGGCCUACACUGUUGAAUCUUUAGUGGUUCAGAGGUAUUCAUAAUGUCCUUGGAAAGCCAUUCUUGCCUAGUAUCUAAAUAAGGGGUGGAAGAAUCCAAGUCCAUGAAGGAAUGAAUUAAAGAAAAAAGUAAUACAGACAACAGUGGAAAAUGGGACAAAAGUCAUGUAAGGAAUAAGGUCUGAGUUCUAAUAGUUGUAUUAAAUUCUGCAGGAGGCCUUACGAGGCACUGCAAUACCACUGUGGUUACAUUUAAGAUCCUGUGAUAGAAAGUAAGUUAUAAAUACUGACUAAUAAGAUUUAUUUGUACAUAUUGAGUGUUUAAAUGAUUAUCUACCCUUUUUUAUUGAAAAAGGGGGGCAGAUCUGUAGACUUGUACAAGUAAGAUUAGAGUCCUUUUAGCUGAUUUAGUUUACUGUAUGUUAGGCAGAAGUAUUUAAAAGACAUUUUCAAAGCGUUAGACUAGAGCACUAAUUACCUGAUUAGCCUUUGGAUAGGCUGAAGACUUUCCAGGUUUCUCUGUGGAAACAGCACAACCAGGAUGUACUUUUUUUAAAAGAUUGUUUGGAUGUAGAGAUGGAACGACUCCAGUACUGAUUGGUAUUUGUCAUUAUUUCUCAGCAAGAUAACAAGCCUCCUACCAGCCAGUUUACUGUCCUGUUGUGUAAUAGCAGAGCUCAGCCUGAAUAUCUAUUAUUAGGAUGCUUUCCUAUGAAAUUAAUCACUGCAAAUACAAACUAGAGCACUUAAUCAGUGUUAUCAACAUGAUUGCGUGGUUCAUCUUGUAUACUCGUACAGCAAAUCCAUUACCACUAUGUUACACUCUGAAGAGAAAGAUACGACUAUGGUGACACUUCAGUCAGCUCUGCAGUGCUUAAUCCCUAUUAAAUCUGUCAUAAACACUAACUUAGCUUUUUAAAUAUUAUUUCUGCACAAAAAAGAGUAUCAAAAGUAAUUGUGCAUGGAAUUGCUGUAUGAGCAUUACCAUGGAAGACACGUAGUAAGAAAGGUAAUCUCUGAAACAUUUCUGCUAUAACUUCAUGAGGCUAUCCGAUGUCUUAUCUUCUCAGUUCUGUUGACUUUGUGUCUACAAAGGUCUUCAACAAUACAGAUCAGUGAUGCUAGUCCUUUUUUGAUUAUUUUUUUUAACUCAAAAAAUGAAUGGUUGUCUCAAAGCAAAUUUCUCAUCACGGGUUACUUGCAGUAUUUGCUUGCCUGCUUUUAUUGAAUAGUUUUGUUUUGCACAGACUACUAGUAUCUUGACUUUUGGUCGCUACGUCCAUCGCGUUCAUGUCACAUGCUCCUUCCUAAAACCUCUUUAAAUUAUUGUAGUGAUCUCUCCAUGUCAGAAAAUUGAUCAAUUAAAACAUGUAAUCGACUUCCAAAUUGUAGGAUGUAUUUGUUUUUAAACAGACUUUUCUAUACUUUGUCUCCCUUGUGCAUGUGAAACAUUUCAUGUAGUUGGGAUGCCAUUUGGAAUUAAAUCAGGCUGCACAUACAAGGUAAAGGCAGUAUUUUUCUCCCCUUCUAUGAAGCUGAAUCAGCUGCUAUAGAUCAGAACCUGUUCUAUCAGGCCUUGUGUUAUAGUCACCACAUCUAAACAAGACCAUUUAAUUUCAUUUAGGUAUUUUUGUCUAACGCACAGAGUAAACAGAAUUGAGUCCUGUUGCAGAUAUGCCUGUUCUUCAUGUAUCCUAGACUGUUUUUCUUUCUUUCUUUUUUGCUAAUAUUGGGUUCAGGUGUUGAGUCUUUGCUGUGCUCAGAGUAGCUCUAGACUUCCUUUGGUUACUACUUACACAGGAAAAAAAAAAAAAAAACAAAAAAAACCUAAUAGGCAUUUGUUAGUUCUCUUUUUGAUCUAUUUGAAGUCUACCAAAGAUACUUAGAAGUGUUUCUGAGCUUCUGUUGCAACCUUUGUGAUAGAACUGCCAGUUCUCUGGGUGUUUCUUUAAUGGUCAGAUUUCCUUAGAGUAUGAAAACUACUUUUCUAAUGGAUCAACCAAAAUUUGGAAGUGCUCUGUCCCUUCUGAAAUGGAUUAGUUUUCUGUUGUCUAUUGUAGACUAGAUUAAUUUUCUAAGCUAGCUAGCACAGCAGUCAAAGGCUUGCUUGGCUGAUUUUUUUUUUUUUUUUUUUUUCUUCUUUUGACUGCAAAAAGACAAACUUUUGGCAUGUUGAUCUUGCUUUGUGAGAACAAACUUGAGAGAAGAGGCUUCUUGAAAUUUGGCCCAGUUUCUGAAGGCAGUAAUGAAAAAUAUAAAAACGACCCACAAAUGAAACAAUCACACCCUGACCCCAAACUAAUUCUGGAAUGCUAAUUCUGGACAAUCUUCAGUCAGAUUUCAUAGAAAUAAAACUGCCUUGCCCUUUUUAAUCCUUGCAAAGACCUGUUGCUGGCAGUUCUGGUGUUUCCAAGGCUAAACUUGCCAUUUGAAUUGAGCAAUCGUGGGGAACUUUUGGAUGAAGCAUUCUCAGGAGAAGUGUUCAGCAGCCCUGAGGGCCUGUUGGGAGCAUGCUAAAAAGCAAUAAACUCUAGUGGAAGAUAGCUAGUAGUCAGUCCCAUAGUAGACUUACUCAUCUGGCAAUAGGACACCAAGGAUAGCUGUAGCCCACUGAAAUCCAGCUAUCAGGCAUGCUUCCUACCAAAUUCCUCUCUCUACCAGUAGUGUUCAGUGGCUCAAGUAUCCUCAGCUAUCUUCCUCAGAUACAGCUUAACAGACACUAGAAAUUACAGCUGGGGAGCUGAUUGAGUCAAAUUCCAGUCUUUGUGCACGUCUUACCACCACACUUAACAAUUCUUCUAAGAGCAAACCCUACAAGGGAAGCCUUCUGACAAUUAAAAAAGCUUUAUAUAAAGAGCCUCUGCUACUUUGUGUUAUACAUAUGGUAUCCACAAAUACCAUUUUUGGGAGGUGAUAAGGUUUCCACAUUGCAGCUAUGAUAGAUGAACUGGCAGAGCUCUUAACACUGUGCAAGUUUUUCAACUCUACUGGUGGAACAUUUGGGUUGUGUACAGACCUGAAGUUGUGCUGAUCUCACCAGUUUCAGCUUGCUUUGGUCAUUCUGUGCCCGGUGCCUCUAAAUUACUUUAGCUCUGCAGAGCUUUCCUUGUGUUACUGGAUGUAUGGUUUGGCAAACCAUUGGAAGUUUGCUUUUGUUGCUGUCUGCCGAAAGGUACAGAGAACUCAGCAUGUAGGCAGCUAAGCACCUACCAGUGUGCAGCAACACAUGUAACAGAGCAGUGCGAGUAGAGAGAUGACCUAAAAGAGCAGACAGAAAAUCUCAGCCAACAGAAUGCAUUAAUCUCUCUCUCUUUUUUAAAUAUAUAUUUUUUUCUUUUUUUUUAGUUUCUUGCUUCUUAACUGCUGACCAUUAAUGACUACAGGAGCAGAUACUAGCUAAUCUUAUUACUUACCCAGCACCAUGUCUGUGUUCGCGUGUGUAUGAUCCCAUUUCUUCUGUGUAAACAGGAACCUGGAACUUACUUCAGCUGCUGUUGCAAGAGAAACAGCAGGCCAUUAUUAUUCUAUCUACCUGCUGCUUUGAGAAUGUCAAGAUGAUAUCUUUCAUACUUGCUUUGUCGUUUUUCUGCUUAAUCAUUUUUUAUCAGUCUGUGGGCUAAGUCGUUUCUGUAGAUGUUCUGAUUUAUAAUAGAACUUCUUUUCAAAUCAGGCAGCAAAACAUGGGGUGUACCAUGACAGCAAACAAAUAAAUGGUUCCUAGAGCCCAAGUUUCAGAUGUUCAUACAGAUUUCCUACAGUGUAGGACGUAACUGUACAGGAAUGAUUUUUUUUUUAUCAGCUGGAAGUUACACCUCUGGAGGAUUUGGGCCCCAUUUCCCAUGUCUAAAAUGGACAGCAUCCACAUUAGCAGCGUGCUCCCAGUCAGACAAAUAAAGCCUGGAAUGCUCAGGACCCAAAGCAGCAUUGCCACUUCAACAAAUAUUUGCAAUACUGAUUAUUCUGAGUUCCAAAGUAACACACAAAGCAACAGCAGGUUUGACAAUGGGGGAAACACAUAUACUCAAAUAUAAGGGAUUGUGAGCUACCAAUUUCACCCAGAGAGAGGGGAGACCGCUUUAAAAAGACCAAUACUCUUUUUGGUAUUGUUUGUCAGAAGGAGUUUUGUCUCCUUGGCAAGCUGUCCUGUAUCACCAGUCGCUUGUGCUUUCCAGGCAGUGUGCCAAGCAAGAGAUGACAGAGGAGACAUGAAGAAGGAAAACAUACAAACCUGUAGUAUCAGCCUUUUUGUGACAAGAUGAGGAUGUGCUACCUCCAAUUCAAUCAGAUUUGAUAAUAAAUUACUGGGAACAGCUCCUAUUUUGCAACCGGGGAGAAGAAAAGACAUUUGGCUGUACAUCAGUAGGCUGCAUCAAGAGAAGGUGGAAGUGAUUCAUCCCAACGUAAAUGCCCUGCUGCUGGGGUGGAGUGAAAUCAAUUUGAAGAGGUUCAGCAGGUGGUGGCAGCUCGUUGAAGUAAAUAAAUCAAACGAAGAAAACAUGAACAUUCCCAGGUAAUUCAUACGCUGGCAAUCAAAGUUUCUCUUCCUGAGAUCCCAUACUGCUCUGUGCAUGUGCUGGAUUUACCUUUUCUUGAAGUGGAAAAAGCUGAAAGUUGAUUACUGCCAACAAUUCACUGGCCUUACAAGAACCCAUGAGAAAUAAAAACCUGAUCCCACACAGGGAGCUAUUUUCUUUGCUUUUUGUCCUUUCAUUUUUGUCCUUACAAUUUGCUCCUUUGCUUAGCAAGCAGUGUUGCCCCUCACCAAUUUCUGCUGCCCCCGGCACUGAAAUGGAUUAAUAUUCAGCAAUAAUUCUUAAGUUUGAAAAGCUGUAAAAUGCAAGAUGCUCGGUGUUGCUCAGAUAUUGCAGUUGUUCCUGUUUUUAAGAUGAAAAAAACCAACCAAACAAACUUGUUUUAUACUCCCAAUCUGCAAAGACCUUUGCCUUCUGGAUGCUUGUUUUACACUUACCAAUACAGAAGCAAUAACUGCCAGCAUGGAAUAAAAACCGAUACUGCAUUGCCUUUGCGGGCAUCUAAGGACAAACAAAGGAAGGAUCUUUCCAUGGGGAAGUUUACAGUGUGAACAUUUUGCCUUUUUUUUUGGCUUUUAUUUUUCCCUCAGGCAUAUUGGCUGAAAGUUUGCAGCCAGUGUUUCUGAUGUCAGAAACAAUGAGGGCAUGAGAAUUUAAAAGCGUUGUUGCCUUGGCAUGAAUGGAAAGCCACACUGCUGAAGCAGAGGUUAUUCCUCUGAAUACUUCAGUUGAGCUUCUCUGGGCUUUAAUACCACAUUCUGUGUUUGCAUCCUGACAGGGUGCAGGAGAAGCUCCAGUCAGGGCUGCAUACCAGUUAGAACAGCAGUGAUGUGAAGUGGCAAACAGGGAACAAGUUAUUCACACAGCUUGAUAUGGACUGAAAAAGCCAGCAUGGGAGGGGCCUUUCACAGAAUCACAGAAUCGUAGGGGUUGGAAGGGACCUCCAGAGAUCAUCGAGUCCAACCCCCCUGCCAAAGCAGGUUCCCUACACCAGGCUUACUGGCAAAACAGUAAAGGUUACCAGGCUGAGCUGCCUGCUAACUUCCAUCAGAUCGAUGCGCUGAGUGCCCUAAGUCACUCCUGUUCAUAAGCAGCCUUGACGGUUUUAAAGGUUUGGCUUUAAAACACGGGGCUGAGGGCAGUGCGAAUAACACAGGAGUGAAGAACUAAGUCCAGUUUGAGACCACAGCCAUUUGCUGCAGAAUAACUUAAAUCUGGACAUUUGGAGCCUGGAAAGAACCAGGAGAGAGCACACUGCCUCUCUAUGUGUAGGCACCAGCUGGUGGUGUCCAGCUCCAUUUCUCACUUUCCCCAUCAUGCAGACAGGCUGCGUGUCUCUUCUUGUGAUCUCCCUUCUUCUGCGUGACUGGACCUGGACGCUUGCAACUUCACCUCUGGGCACCAUGUCUUUGUGUAUUUGUCCCUAAAUCAGGCAAUCGUAAGAGAAAUAACCAGAAGCUUCUCUCUUUCUUCCUACUGCACCAGGUGCCUGGUAAAGUAAACAAGUAAAUCAUCUAUCAAGAGAUCUGGCUUCCUGUGUGAAUUCAAAUGGCACCUCUUCAGAACUGCUUUUGAAUUGAGAUAGUAGAUAAUGCAGAGCAAAUUAUUGCUUCUGAUAACUCAGUUUUCAGAGAAAUGUCAGAUGAAUUCUUCAAGGCAAGCUGUAAUGAACACAAGGCUUUUAUGUUCUUCCAAGAUUUUUUGUUUUUCUCUAAGGCUGCCCUGUUUUUUCUUCUUCAUCCCUUAGGAAAUAGGAGAGCUAUGAUCUCAAAAUAUGUUGCAUGUGUGCACAGAAGAAAAAGUACUCUGAAGGAUAAAAGUGCUACCGAACACUUCCCUUCCUACUUCAAUUCUGCUUCAGGCAGAAAUAGAAAGAGAGCCCAUUAUCUCUGUGCACGGGAAGAAGCAUCCUGUGGCAUAGAAUGCUGGUGAAAUGAAUUAUCUAUGCAAGCAAAGUUAAUUAAAGAAGAGAUUUUGUGAGAUCUGUAUUCUAAACAACAUUAAAAUAUGUUAAAGUUCAACUUUCUCAUGUCCCACUUGUGUGCUCUGCCAGGGGAAUGUCAUAUCUGACUGGAAGUACAUUGCAGUGACUUCUCAGCCAAAGCAAAGGGAGGGGUGUGUCAUACCAGAUCAUCAGCCCAUUUCACCAUGUAAACCAAGGCACACACUAGUUUGGACUGCUUCAGAUCAUGGGUAAACAUUCCCACAGCUCAACAUGCCUUUGUACAGUUCCAUUGGGUUGAGUGGCAGGUAACCACCAAUGCUCAUGUGCUCAGCAGGAGACACAAGAAACUUUCAGGUGGGCAGAAGCCACAGGUGACAUCACAUAGGUGAUUGGGUAGCUGGAUAGGACAGCAGCAGAAGCUUUCCUUUUGGUUCCCUGCUUUCCAGCCCACAUUUUAAGCUCAUAACAUGAUGAAGAGGAAAAGGAGGCAGUGUCAGAGGUCCAUCCGAGCUCUGAAAAUGAAUCUGGACCAGCACUCUUUGGAUCUUUCCAAGAACAUUUCUUAUUCAAUUGCAAAUGUUGUGAAAAUAUCUGAUUCUAGUAAUCCCUACAGGGAAGCCAAAGAUGGAAGUUUUGCUUUGUAAUUCUUUCUGUAACAGAGCCUCAUGGAGGUGCAAGGCAAGAUAAAUUACUUUAUAUGCUAGAAUAAUGCAUCACUUCAAUGAAAUCCUGUCCCGUUAGGGUGUUGUUAAGAAACCUGGGAGAUGCAUCACCCAACACAAUCUAUUAGUUAUAGAUUGGGAUAAGGUGAUGAGUCCAAACAUAAAAAACUACUACAAUAGAUAAAUGGAACUGGAUAGCUCUAACUUUAAAGAUUUGGUAGGUCAGAUAUUAAAGCAAAAGCCAACCUAGAGGCUAAACUUGACUAACUGCCUACAAGUCACGCAUAGGAAUUCAUGUCACUUUAAAGAAGGACAGGACCAUAAGGCACAUUUAUUCCAAAUUGCCAGCACUAUUGUGCCUGCUGGGACAGAGCUGCAACCCCUCGUUGAGCAGUAGAGCUUCUCACAGGAAACAAACCCCCUCCAUCAUACCCCAACACUGAAUCACAGAAUCACAGAAUUGCCAGGGUUGGAAGGGACCUCAAGGAUCAUGAA